AUGGCGGCAGGGAAGCGACCGGUGCUGUGCCUGGCACACGCUCGGGUGUGGCCUUCAGCUACCCAUCAGCAGCAGCAUGAGGUUCUAGACUUGAUCGCCACCGGUGAUACCGGAGGGACGGUUACAGUAUGGCAGUUUUACGGUGGCGGCGGCGGCAGCGGCGGCGGCGGUAGUACUCUGCCGUCCGACCACGGGGAGUUUGUGUACCGCGGGCCGGCGGGAAGGCGACGGGGUGGGGCGGCGCGGACGGGUCCGGAGGGGGCGGCGGCUCCCCCUUGCCACGCUCUCGUUCCUGUGUUGGAGUACCGCGCUCACCAGAUGGGCGUGCUCUGCAUGGCCGUCCACGUGCCAGCGGGGGAGCGGGGACGCGUGGUCGUCGUGACGGGGGGUGACGAUCAAGCCAUCUGCGUUGCCGAGCUCGAGGUGGCGGAGGUGUUGGACGACGGUCGCUGUUCCCCGACGACAACAAUAGCGUCAGACCGGGGGCGCUCGUCGUCUCUAGGGCCGCGAGGGCAGGGAGGGGACGAGGUGCCAGCGAGAAAGAGGUGCGGCGCAUCUUUGUUCCCGGGACAACGCAGCCGGCUUGUGGUGUUCUAG